CGGGGAAACCAGACAAUGAAAGUGAAAGUGGACCAAACCUCAGACUGCAUCGACACAGAAGGUUAUGCAGACGACUGUAGCUGCAUGACGACAGCCGAUAUGGCAAAAGUAACCCGCAAAGGCAUCGCUUUGGUGUCCGCAGUCUGCGUGGACCUGUCCUUGUUUUACGCAGCGGGACUGGUGGCGACUCGCAGCGUGUUUGGACACUUUGCGCGUCUCUGGCUCCACGCGGCUCUCCGCUGCUCGGCACUGAGCGCCGUGACUCUGCUCACCCUCGGAGAUCUCAACCCGUUGCUGAUCCGCGUUAUCGCGUCGCACAGUCUUCUGCCCGCGGUGUUUGAGACCGGAACCAAAGCGCUCUACCGCGAGGAGACCGAAUGCGGCCCGUCGGCGGAUGCGCGCUGCUGGCUCGUUUGCGCCGCAGCGUCGCUGGUCGGUGCGCUGUUUUGGGAAAUCACCGUGCCGGACGCGGAUGCUGCCGCCGGUAAAGAGAAGAAACAGAAGGCCAGAGUGCUGUUUUUGAGAGUCCUGGCCUUGUACAAACCCGAAUAUCUGCUGCUCCUUGGGGGGCUGCUGAUGCUGACGCUGGCAGUUUUGUGUGAGAUGUUCAUCCCGUUCUACACUGGCAGAGUCAUCGACAUCCUUGGCACUCAGUAUCGGCCCAAUGAAUUUGUAUCUGCGCUUCUUUUCAUGGGACUAUACUCUCUGGGCAGCUCUUUUAGUGCAGGCUGCAGAGGAGGUUUCUUAAUGUGCGCCAUCAGCGCCUUCACGUGCAGAAUUAAAGUCCAGCUGUUUGGGGCUUUGACCAGACAGGAGAUUGGGUUCUUUGAGACAACAAAGACAGGGGAAAUCACAUCAAGGUUGUCUAAAGACACCACCCUGAUGGGAAGAGCGGUGUGUCUCAAUGUCAACGUGCUGCUGAGGACGUUCAUCAAGACGCUGGGCAUGAUCUCCCUGAUGAUGAAUCUUUCCUGGAAGCUCACAUUCCUGGUAUUGAUGGAGGUGCCCAUCACCAGCCUCAUUCAGAACAUCUAUGACACACACUACCAGCGGCUGUCCCUGGCAGUGCACGACUCCAUGGCUCUGGCAAAUGAAGUCGUGAACGAGGUGGUGUCCAGUAUUCAUGUGCUACGUAGCUUCAACACAGAGAAACACGAAGCCCGUCGUUAUGACGACCGCUUGAUGGACACACACAUCCUGAAGACGCGCCAGAACGCUGUCAGAGCUGUUUACCUUCUCGCACGCAGGUUGACAGGCUUAGGCAUGCAGGUGGUCAUGAUGUACUACGGCAGGCUGUUCAUCCGGAGUGGACAGAUGACCACUGGAAACCUGGUUUCCUUCAUCCUCUACCAGUCAGAUCUUGGAGACAACAUCAGGACACUGACCUACAUCUUUGGCGACAUGCUGAACUCGGUGGGGGCUGCUGGGAAAGUGUUUGAGUACCUGGACCGUAAAGCUCAGGUCAGCAUGGAGGGGAAACUCAAACCGGAUCAGCUGACAGGGAACGUCGUCUUCCGCAAUCUCAGCUUCGCCUAUCCUACUUACCCCGACAAAACAGUACUGCAGGACUUUUCAUUGGAGCUGAAGUCAGGUCAGAUGACAGCGCUGGUGGGAACAUCUGGAAAAGGGAAAAGCACAUGUGUGAGUCUGCUGCAGCGCUUCUAUGAGCAGCAGGACGGAGAAAUCCUAUUGGACAACGAACCACUGAAAUCCUAUGACCACCGUUUCCUCCACAAGAAGAUUGCUUUGGUGAGCCAGGAGCCUGUCCUCUUCUCUGGCUCCAUCAGAGACAACAUCGCCUACGGGCUCGCUGAAUGCUCAUUGGAUGAGAUCCAGGAAGCAGCACGCAAAGCCAACGCACACGACUUCAUCAUGAAGCUGGAGAAGGGCUACGAUGCAGAGGUGGGUGAGGGUGGGGGCCAACUAUCUAAGAGCCAGAGGCAGCAGAUCGCCAUCGCUCGAGCUCUGGUCAGGCAGCCACAGGUCCUCAUUCUGGAUGAAAUAACCAGCUCUCUGGACAUGACCAGUGAAAACAAGAUUCACCAGGCUUUGGCCAGUUGUCCUAACCAGACCCUGCUGGUGAUCGCCCACAAGCUGAGGACCAUCCAGAGGGCCGAUCAGAUUGUUGUGAUCGAUGGCGGCAGAGUUCAGGAGCGAGGGACUCACCAGGAACUGAUGGAGUUGAAGGGGAGCUACUACCGACUGAGGGAGGAGCUCUUUGAAGAGGAAAAUCCAGCACAGUGACCCACCGCUGUCACCCUGGACCCGUCUGUGAGACGGUGGUUCUGUGGGACCACGUUGGACACACACGUACUGAACAUGUACAAACAUACCUUUAUAAAUUCAUUAUGUAAAUGUUGUGUGAAUAUUAAAAAUAAAAGAAUGAUUUUCAGUUAAAAGACGUGGAACCUCCUCAACUCUAUUACUAUGCUUCUGUUCUUAUCUAGUUUGUUGAAAUGACAUUGGAUGUUAUGAACUAGUCAAUAUUAAUAAAUGAUUUCAGAUAUGGACCUGGACUGUAAAGCUCAGUAUAAUUCAUUAACCAGAACUGCCUCCUUCAAGCAUGAUUCUGUAACCCUUUUCAUGCCGAUCUACCAAAAGCAGUAAAGCUACAGAAUGCUGCUGGCAGGGUUUCAACACAAAAUAAAAUCAGAUAACGCAACUCA